AUGGGAAUCAAUGGACUACCCUACACUGUCAUCAGUGACGUCACAGGCUCAGUUGGUCUAACUGAAUUUCAUUCAUAAAAUGCUUAAAUUGAAAACAGCUCUCACACAUUAGAACCACUUGAGCGGAGUUGGUGCUGAAGUCGUUCGCCUUGGCCAAAGCGCAGUGGUGCACAUGUGCGAUAAGCGAAAUCGAAUCAAUCAACGGGAAAUUGAGGUUCAUUUGGAAUACUGCGUCUCAAGCGCUGCGUGGGCGUUGCCGUACAGAGUCCUGGGCUAAACUUUUGGUAUAAAUAGACGGCACGGCAACUGGAUAAGUCAUUCGAGCUUCGAAGCUUGCUGAAGUAACGGCUACCAGAGAGACCACAUCAAUUCCCAGACCGGUGCCGAUAAUUGUAGCUGAAAGACGCCUUCGCUUGGGAGUAACUACAACGCCAGGAUGGCCGCUAACCCACAAUGGCUGAGGCUUAACUUUCUUGUACUCCUUCUGCAACUGGGCAGCUUGGACUUUGCCCAGGCCAACAACCAGGCAUGCAGCACCCGCCAGCAGCAGUGUCCUAUACAACCAUUGCAUCGGUUGAUGGAAGAUCGCCGAAGCGAGAUGGAUGAAUACGACGAGCAUCUUGUUUAUAGACAACAAAGUGAGCGCAUUGGAAAGCUUGAGGAUCGCAGCAGCCGGUUGAAUCGAGAAGACAAUCUGCAGACUGAACGUUCUUCUCGGCAAGAGGAGAACGAGCUGUCACGACGACUAGAGCGGGAGGAACGUGUACAGUUGGAUGCUCGUGAAGACCGCCGAAUGGAAAUUCAACGGGAGGAACGUGCAGAUCUCCGAAGAGAAGAACGCGCCGAUUUUCGUCGAGAAGAACGUGAAGUUCUCCGAAGAGAAGAACGAGCCGAUUUUCGUCAAGAAGAACGUGAAGAUCUUCGAACAGAGGAUCGCGCCGAUUUUCGUCAAGAAGAACGUGAAGAUCUCAGAAGAGAAGAACGCGCCGAUUUUGCCCGAGAAGUACGCAAUGAAUUCCGAAGAGAACACGUUGAUUUUCGUCGAAAAGAGCGCGAAGAUCUCCGAAGAGAAGAACGCGCCGAUUUUCGCCAAGAAGAACGUGAAGAUCUCCGAAGAGAGGAGCGUGUCGAUUUUCGUCAAGAAGAACGUGAGGAUCUCGAAAGAUUAGAACGCGCCGAUUUUGCCCAAGAAGAACGCAAUGGUCUUCGAAGAGAUGAACGCGCCGAUUUUCGUCAAGAAGAGCAUGAAGAUCUCCGAAGAGAAGAACGCGCCGAUUUUCGUCAAGAAGAACGCGGGGAUCUACGAAGAGAGGAACGUGCCGAUUCUCGUCAAGAAGAACGCGAAGCUCUGCGAAGAGAAGAACGAGCCGAUUUUCGUAAAGAAGACCGUGCUGAGCUCCGAAGAGUCGAAGCGACUGAUUUUCGCCAAGUAGAGCGCGAUGAUAUCCGAAGACAAGAUCGAAGCAAUCUUCGUCAAGGAGUACGAGAUGCAUCCCGACGACAAGAGCGUGAAGAUGAAUUUAAUCGACGUGAGGAGCUUAAUAGCCGGCGUGAGGAACGAGAUGUUUCCCGAAGACAAGAGCGUGAAGACGGGCAAUUAAAUCGACAAAAUGAAAGCUCUUUCCGACUAGUGCGAGAAGAUCUUCAACAGUUAGAUACUCGAGCUGCACAAAGAAACGAUCGAUCCCUGCGCGAGGAGCGCGAGGCCAACCAACAGAUGGACCGCGAUGAUCGUCGCCGUGAAGAAAGGGUUGAACGUGUCGAUACAGAGCGUAUGGAAAGGGGAGUGAGUCGGGAGGAGAUGCGACGAGUGGAGACUGACCCGGUUCACCAAGAAAGUGAACGUCGUGAGCAUAAAUCUAUUGACCUGGAAGUACGGCGUAUUGAUAUCUCUCAACGUGAGGAUGCAAGACAGGAGCAAUCCAACGAUCUUACACGGCAAAAACGAGUUGAACGCUUAAAUACAGAACGUCUGGAAAGGCGAGUCAGUCGAGAGGAUAUGCGGCAGUCGGAACAUGAUGUAACGCACAGGCAGGAUCGGGAAAAUCGUGAGCGUAAUGUCGACGACAUAGAGCGCAUCAAUCUCUUUCGACGUGAAGAACGUGAUGAUCGCCGUCGGGAGAAGCAAGAUGAUUUUCGUCGGGCGGAACGUAAUGACCUCCUACGUGAAGAACGAGACGUUUUCCGACGUGAGGAACGAGAUGUAUCUCGAAGAGAGGAGCGCAAAGAACGCGACAAUGUGGAUGUUGGGUAUGAAAAUCGACAUAAUGAACGAGAAGGUUUGCGACAGGCAGAACGAGAUGUGUUUCGAAGACAGGAUCGGGAAGAACGCGAUCUUGUAAACACUGAGCAACUGGAAAGGCGAAUGAAUCGAGACGGUAUGCGACGGAAGGAAACCGAAUUAACACGAAGGCAGGAAAGAGAAAACAGGUUGGAUUCUCGUUAUGGUGAAAAAAUUGAUCAGGUUGAAGUUCGAAGGGAAGAGCCAUCUCGCCGUGAGGAACGAGCUGUAUCUCGAAGACAUGAUCGUGAAGAUCGAGAUCCGAUUCGCCAUACUACUUACACAGAAGUGCGGCGAGAUGAUUUCUCUCCACAUGAGGAGCGUGAUGAUCGCCGACGUGAGGAACACGACAAUCUGCGACAUACAAGUCAAAGACAAGAGCGUGUGGAUGUGGAGCAACGAGGGCUGCAAGUAAAUCGAAGAGAGAAUGUGCUGACACGACGACAGGAACGAGAUGAGCUCAAGAGGGUCGAUACUCGUAGCCGUUUAGACACACGACAAGAACAGCUUUACCGACGUGAAGAACGUGAUGAUCACAGACAAGAGGAUGGAGACGCUAACCGACAGGUGGAACGAGAGGAACGUGUCGACGCGAAACGCAUGGAAAGGCAUGUGAGUCGUGAAGCCAUGCGACGAAUGGAGGACGACCUAGCACAAAGACAGGAACAGGAAAAUCGGGAGCGUAAUGCAAAUGACAUCGAAGCACGACGCGGUGAUCUCUCUCGUCGUGAGCAGCGCGAUGAUCGCCGACAAGACGAGCGCGACCAUCUCCGACGUGAGGAACGUGGCAAUCUUCUACGAAGGGAACGUGUGGAUGCGGAGCGCAUAGAAAGGCGAGAUAAUCGAGAGGAUGUGCGACGGAAGGUGAAAGAUGUGACACAAAGGCAGGAACGAGUCAAUCGUCAGCCCAAUGCCAAUGACGAGCAAACCCGGCGCAACCAUCCUCGACGCGAGGAGCGUGAUAUAUCGGCAAGACAAGAGCGGGACGCCGAUCUACGUCUAGAUAAUCUUAACCGGGAACAACGCGUUAGCUUCCGACAAGAGGCGAGUGAUAAUCUUAUUAGUCGUGAAAAUCUGGAAGACAGCAGGUUGAGUGCCCAACGGCGACAGGAACGAGACUUAUCCGAACUGUAUGUAAAAAAGAAUCGGGAAAACAAAAAGCCCAGCAUCUGGAUAAGCAACAACUACACCAAACAAGGACUCUUGAUAACUGGCCAAGCGCUGAUAUUGCUAGUACUGUAUUCCAAGUUGACCAACCAUAAGGGACAGCAUCUUGGAAACCGACUGGCUGAACAUAUCCAGGGCUUUCUGCAUCCCGUCGAAUGCUAAGAUACUAAACGAAGGCUUAACGAUAAACCUGAUAUACUGAAACGCAUAAAGUACCUAGGAACCCUAUGUCCCCCAAUACCGUACAACCUAAUGAGCAACGAGUUUAAGGCCGAGAGUGGAUCUGAGAUGUAUCUGUAAACGCAUUGUACAAUUUAUUCCAACUGUUACUGAAACUGUAAUCUACACUGAACUACAAACAAAUAUAAGUUAUACAUAGUUGAGCAUAUGCAAAGCGA